CGGCGCCCCUGGCAGUCCGAGUAGUGGGAGCGUCGCGUCACCUCCCCUCCCUCUUCCGAAGAGAAGACCGAAGCAGAGGCAUCCAUCUCUCCCCUCCUUCGGCUUUCACAUCCGGGUUACGCGCCACUGUUUGUCUCCCGCGUCUGUGGCGUCUGGACCGCGGAAUCGUUUCCGUCCCCCCCCUGAAGGAAGCACCGCGACGCGCCGCAGCCUCUCGCCCGACUCGGCGCCACGCAGGGCGGUCGCAGCUCCCGGCGCGAGUCGGUGAUGUCGCCCAGCUGCGGCGAGGCGGGCACGAGGCGGCGGUGGUGAACGCGGCCGGUCGGCGGCGAAGCGCGUCGCCCCUCGCGACGAUGUCGAAAAGCCUCAAGAAGAAGAACCACUGGACCAACAAAGUCCACGAAGCCGCCAUUGGUCGCGGCAAGGACGGCGAGCUGGGCUUCGAGCUGAAGGGGGGCGCCGAGCUCGGCCAGUUCCCCUACUUGGGCGAGGUGAAGGCGGGCAAGGGGCUCGUCCAGAGCGGCAAACUGGCCGAGGAUGAGCUGCUGCUGGAGGUCAACGACAUGCCCGUGGCCGGCCUCACCGGCCGGGACGUGCUGGCCGUCAUCAAGCACUGCAAGGACCCGGUCCGCUUCAAAUGUGUCAAGCAAGGGGGCGUUGUUGACAAGGACCUGCGGCACUACCUCAACCUUCGCUUCUCCAAAGGCUCCGUGGACCACGACCACCAGCAGAUCAUCCGAGACAACCUGUACCUGCGCACCGUCCCCUGUACGACCAGGCAGCCCAAGGAGGGGGAGGUGCCGGGGGUGGACUACAACUUUGUGACUGUGGAACGUUUUAUGGAAUUGGAGCAAAGCGGAGCCUUGUUAGAGAGCGGAACCUAUGAAGAUAACUUCUACGGCACACCCAAGCCGCCAGCAGAACCGUCCCCGGCAGCCCCUCCCCUUAAUGUGAGUGAGGCCCUGCUGCCCGGUGCCCGGCCCAGCGCCCAGGGCAAGAGGAAGAGGAACCAGUCGGUCAGCAACAUGGAGCAGCGCGCCAGCCUGGAGCCGCCCGAGGAGGAGGAAGAGGAGAGCCCCGUCGUCAACGGCAACGGAGUGGCCAUCACGCCAGAGUCCAGCGAGCACGAGGACAAGAGCACCGACGCGUCCGGGGAGGUCGCCGUGGAGACCUGCAGCCAAGCGGCAGCCACCAGCGAGGCCCCCACCGAGGCGGAGGACGCCCCCAAAUCUCCGGACAAGUCCCCCAACAAAGUCCCGGAUGUGGACGAGGAAGAGCUGGGUCCUCUGCCCGACAACUGGGAGAUGGCGUACACGGAGAAGGGGGAGGUCUACUUCAUCGAUCACAACACAAAGACCACGUCAUGGCUGGACCCUCGGCUGGCCAAGAAGGCAAAGCCCCCGGAAGAAUGCAAGGAGGACGAGCUGCCCUACGGCUGGGAGAAGAUCGAUGACCCCAUCUACGGCAGCUACUACGUGGAUCACAUCAAUCGCAGGACUCAGUUUGAGAAUCCAGUCCUGGAAGCAAAGAGGCGCCUUGAGCAGCAGAGGCAGAUGCAGAGUCAGGGCCUCUCCGCUCUCCCGCUGCCCACCAUUUACAGAGAAAAGCCGCUGUUCACGAGGGACCCGACCCAAAUGAAAGGCACGUUUCUCUCCACGGGCCUGCAAAAGAGCAACAUGGGAUUCGGCUUCACAAUAAUCGGAGGCGACGAGCCCGACGAGUUCCUGCAAGUGAAGAGCGUCAUUCCAGAUGGGCCGGCUGCUCAGGACGGAAAGAUGGACACAGGUGACGUAAUCGUGUACGUGAACGACAUCUGCGUGCUGGGCACCACACACGCCGACGUUGUCAAGCUCUUCCAGUCGGUGCCCAUCGGUCAAAGCGUCACGCUGGUGCUCUGCAGGGGCUACCCUCUGCCCUUCGACCCCGAGGACCCCAACGCGGCUGCCGGCAGCUCCAUGACGCCCAUCGGGAUGGAGCACCGCCCUCUGGUGGUGAACGGCCGCAGCGGCUACGAUCCUUACCUGGAGUAUCUGUCCCUGAGCUCCCAGCUGCCCGCCCUGGCGCAGGCCGGAGUGUCCCACCCGGGUGACACGCACCUGGACGGCUCCUCGCUGACGCCCGCCACGCCCGGGUCGGCGUCGGCGCUCACGCCGCACGAGGACAACGUGUCCGCGGCCUCUCCGGGGACGGCGGGCGUCGCCGGGGUGACGGCGCAAGCCGCCGAGCUGCUGACGGUUACCAUGGUGAAAGGAGCGGAGGGCUUCGGGUUCACCAUUGCCGACAGCCCCACUGGCCAGCGGGUCAAACAGGUUCUGGAUCCGGGUUCGCAGGCGGCGUCGGGCCUGAUCGAGGGCGAUCUGAUCCUGGAGGUGAACCAGCAGCCGGCGGCGGCGGCCGGCCACGGGCGUGUGGUGGAGAUGCUCAAAGAGUGUCCCGUCGGAGCUGAAGCCACGUUGCUCAUUCAGAGAGCGGCGACAGGCCACAUCUCUCCAUGGAAGGCCUCCAAACAGUUACCUGACCAGUGGGACCCGCACGGAAGCCCCCAGGCCAACCUGUCGGGUCCUGUCCUGCCUCCGGGCACGCCCUUCCCCAACCAGCCCCAGCACCGCACAUCCGUGCCGGACUCCACCGAAGGCUUCGACCUGAACAAGCCGGAUCCGUACGACCUUUACGAAAAGUCCAGGGCUAUCUACGAGAGCCGACGUCCGGAGUACGAAGAGGUGGAGGUGCACUUGCUGAGGGAGAAGAGCGGCUUCGGCUUCCGCAUCCUGGGGGGAGACGAGGCCGUGCAGGCUGUGAGUCCGGACGCCCGUGACAAGAUUGUGAUCGGCGCCAUCAUCGAGAACACCCCCGCCGAGCGCGACGGCCGACUCCGGCCGGGGGACGAGCUCAUCUCGGUGGACAAAAACGUGGUCGCCGGGAAGCCGCACAAGUACGUCAUCGACUUGAUGCACGCCGCCGCUCGCAACGGCCAAGUCAGCUUGACCGUGAGGAGGAGGCUGCACAUGCCCGGCGAAGGGUGCCCCGUGAACGGCCGCAGCCCCAGCUUAGUGUCCACUCAGCACAGCUCGCCCCGCAAUGACGCCGCGGCCCCGGGAGCCCCCGCAUCCGCCGCCGCCGUGGCCUCGGACGGCUCGGCCCUGCACACCAGCGACGUGCUCAUUCACCGCAAGGAGAACGAAGGCUUUGGCUUCGUCAUCAUCAGCUCCCUCAACAGGCCGGAGAACGCCGCUGUCAUCACCGUGCCCCACAAAAUCGGCCGUAUAAUCGAGGGCAGCCCCGCAGACCGAUGCGGCAAACUAAAAGUGGGCGACCGGAUCUUGGCGGUGAACGGCCAGUCCAUCAUCAGCAUGCCGCAUGCCGACAUCGUCAAGCUCAUCAAAGACGCUGGCCUCACGGUCACGCUGCACAUCAUACCAGAGGAAGGCUCCCAGUCUGGGCCCGGCUCAGAAAAGCAGAGCCCCAUGACCCAGAAACACGGCACCCAGCCCAGCCCCGGAGUCCUGACGAGCCAAGGCGGCGCCCAGCUGCCCGGUCAGGCGGCCCUUCAGACGGGCCAGGCGUCGGUCCAGCCUGCUCAGGCACCAGCUCAGACCGGCCAAAUCCUCAUUUGUCCUCCGGCACCGGCGGCAUCGCACCCGGCGCCGGCCGGAACGCAGCAGAGCCCCGUCGGCCAUCCCUCUGGACCCCCGCCGCAAGUCUACCUACAUGACGGAAGGUCUGAGGUUAAAGCCAGACAGGAUGUGAAACCUGACUUCCGCCAUCCUCCGUUCACUGAUUACAGGCAACCACCCGUAGACUACCGGCACCCGCCGGUGACCGAUUACCGGCAGCCCCCGACGCUGGACUACCGGCACCCGCCCGGCCUGCUGGACUUCAGGCAGCACACGGCAGCCGCGCAGUUCCCCCUGGGGAUCGCUGCAGAGUUUCGGCCGCAGAUUCCCCCUCUGCAGGACUUUGAUUACUUCACAGUGGAGCUGGAGAAAAGCUCCAAAGGUUUCGGUUUCAGCAUCCGCGGGGGCAGAGAGUACAAGAUGGACCUGUUCGUGCUGCGCCUCGCCGAGGACGGACCCGCCGUACGCAACGGGAGGAUGAGGGUUGGGGACCAAAUCAUCGAGAUCAACGGCGACAGCACUCGGGACAUGACUCAUGCCCGGGCCAUCGAACUCAUCAAGGCGGGGGGCCGCAGGGUCCGACUGCUGUUGAAGAGAGGCACGGGACAGGUGCCCGAAUACGACUGUGUCGGCCCCUGGGAUUCCCUUCCUACAAUCCACUCUGCCCUGCCGGAAGUGACCCUCGAAGCCCAACAGAGUCCAUUGCCUGCAUCCCAUCCGGCCGCAUCCCUGGAUUCCCCUCAUCCGCUCCCUCUUGAGGCCGCGGCGUGCAUGGCGGCGGACAAAGCUCCACAGGUGACGACGGACCACAGCUCCUCGGCUCGAGGGGCUACAGGUGGCAGGUCCACCCAGCAGAAGUGCAUGAUCCGGGGGCAGGGAGGAGAGGCCGAGCGCGGGCCGGGCACCAGGCAGCCUCGGGUUUUGCCCGCCAAAGCCGUCCUGGGGAGGCAGAGGGACGCUUGCUCCCCCUGCUGUGACGGAAAAGGGUUGGGCACCCAGGCGGCGGGCGCUCUCUGGCCGUGGGACCCUUACCUGAGUGUUACUCCCAACGGAACCUCCCUGGCUGGCGGAGACGCCCAUGCCGGCCUCCAGGAGAGGCUGCUGACCACAGGGCUUUACCCCAGAGAGGAGGAGCGUUCCGGGGGCCACUCCGGCCUCUUCUGCCCCUCUAAGAGCACCGAGGAGCCCCCCGCCAGGAGAGCUGCCGCCACCUCCCCGGGGCCCUGGAACAUCCCCGGGCCGGAUAAACUGCCUGCCACCCUGAGGUCCUGGACCUCCACUGUCAGCAGGUAGACGGGAUGGGCUUUUUAUCAGUUUUCCCUUCUUCAUCCUGUCCUCAACUCAUAUUCAGAUAUUCAUUUACAAGAGGAUUAUUACACCCGCCACCUUAAAAACCUGAUCAACUCUCACAGUUGUUGUAACAUAGCGGGAGGAGCCCGAUAAUGCACACCCAAAUAUUUUUUGGGUCCAUGCAGACAGAAAACCUUCUAGAACAGUGUUUCCCGACCUUUAUUGGCUAUUUGCGGUGGAUAAGGACCGAGCCCCCCCCAAAAAAAAUUAUUAUAAAUGCCUCUAUAAAUAGAUUAUAAAUGUAAAUAUACAAGAAACCAGGAUCCCAAAACACUUUAAUAUCAUCACUUCCAAAAGAAAUGGCCCCAGAGGUUGGGAAUCACGGUUCUACAAGUCGGUCCCACAUUACUCCUCACAUGCCUAACAAAUAUAUCAUAUACUGUAAAUGUAAAGAUGUCAAAAAUGUGUACAUUUAUUGUUGUAAACAAGCAGAUGAAGAGGAUCCAAAAACACCAGGAUGGAAUUAUUCCGGGCCUCGACUGACUACAUAUCAAAGACACGGCCGCAAAAUGGCCAGCCUCUGCAUGGGACUCCCAAAACGUGAACGAGGGCCACUUUGUUCUCCUUUUUUUAUAUACUAGUGACAGCAGGCUUGGAAGAUGAAGAAAAAGAAGUCACACUACUACACUGAGUUCUGUACACAAGCAUACGUUAACCAUUGUGCAUAGUAUCGUUGUAUUUAUGGGAAGCCGUAUGAGCUUUUCUUUCCCCCCGUAUCCUUGAUAUGCAGUUCAAAAGGUCUAUGUACUAGUAUGCUCUUUGUCCACACUAGCACCUUAACGGUGCCAUAUUUUUCCAAACCAACUUUUUCUAAUAUUUGGCAUGUAAUAUUGGCUCUAUGGUGCCUCAGUAAAAAUGUGAAGUAUGAAUUAAAAUCAUCCACGCAUUCCUGAGUUAUUUUUUCUGCCGAGAGGCCUAAAAUCAGCCCAUUGGAAUUUCUCAAACUUAUCUACGUCACUAGCGAAGAUCUCCGGCUUCCACUUCCGCUGUCGAGCCAGCGGUCAACAUAACAAACGUGUACUCUGCCAAAUGGGUCUGCUACACGGAGGCAACCAAUCAGAGGAAUGGGGGCAGUCUGUGCCAAAUAUGGUCAAAGCGGAUACAAAACCGGGUCAAACAGUAGUAGUGACAGAAGGGCCUUUUCUGGACACUCGUAUGACAAAACCAAGGUGUUUUUUUUUUUUUUUAUAUAUAUAUAAAUGAAACUGACACUUUGAUACUAAGUCCAUGUUAGAGACUCACUCUAUGGAGGUCUAAAAUAGCCAUAAUAUGGGACCUUUAAGCUGCAUAUCAAGGCUAUGAAAAUAGUCAAAACGGCUUUCCAUACGUGUUCCUUCAAUGCUCCAAAAACAAGGUGGGGGGGGGGGGGGGCAAAAAAAAAAAAAAAAAAAGCAGCUUCAUCACUCCAGUUCAUUUCUAAAAGCCUUUUAACUGUGCUACGUGUACCACAUCACUGUGGGAGAGGGGCAUCAGUGUGAGGAAGACGAGGAUGAUGAGGGGGCCGAGUGCCUUACUCAAAACCAAUGCAGUAAAAAAUUAGGGACGCAGGGCACGGAACGGCGGCAGGUGGCGCCAGUGAGCAUGCGCGCCCACAUCAGCCUGCUGGUCUCGACACUGUUGCAACAACGGGUCUGUAGCAUUGCUGCUGGUCAUAAUCAUAAUCAGAGCUGCAAAAGUAGGAUUGGUAGCAUUUUUAUUAUCGAAUCAAACUAUAUAAGUCAGAAUUAAUUACCAGAGGUCAAAUGAAAAAUGUACCUACAGUAUUUGGAAAUAAAAAAAAAAAGUAAAAAUGAAUCAUUGCUGUCAAUCGUAUACCAAUAUUGAAAACUUGGCACGGUGGGAUAUCAAACUUCUCAACACGCAAAAUAGUUUCCCCCAUUUAUUAAUUUGCAUAGAGUCAUUGAGCACUCUAUCAAAGGAAUAUUAAUUAAUGUUGCCAUGAUUAGCUGAAAAGAAAAACUUUUGCACUCCCCUUUACAGUACCUACUCGUUUUACAGUCGCGCCUCCCAGGUGGAACACAACAUGUCAAAGAGACAAAGUGUUGAGCAUAGAAGUAUGUUUUGCUUUUUCUUUGGCAAACCAAAAGCAGAGAGACAAACCGAGCGAACAGUUUUUGUAGUCCUCUCCCUCGACAAGUUUGGGAGAGGAGUGGAGCAACUUCAAAUGUCAUUGUGACAAAAGGUAAACCAUUCGGAGACAGACGCAUUAGCAAUGGCCUAACCUAUGGCGUUAUCAAUUAGGGUUCCAUUUCCAUUUACAAUUUUGAAGUUUUCUGUAAUUUAUGAAAUGCUAUUUUUUAUUUAUUAUUUUUUUUAAAUCUCUGGAUCCAAACCCGAACUUUAUUUGUUAACUUUGUCAUAGAGUAUUAGGACCGGUCUACGUUCUAUGUCGUCGCUGUCGUGCAGAAUCGUCACAUCUCCGAACUAUUAUUUUUCAGGAAAUUAAAAAAAAUGCAUUUCUUUGGGGUGUUUAUUAAAUAUAUAUCGUACCUCAAAUCAUCUUUCCCCAUUGAAAUGAAUGAAAAUGCCAUUACCGAAAAAACCCAUAAAAAUAUUUUUUAUGUUUUUAAUAAGGAAAAUAACAGUAUAAUAUCAUACUUUAUAAAAACGUACAUUGAAUGUGAAGAAUGAAACAGUUUGUGGAUCAUGUUUCAUUUAUCACACCUCCUUCUGGUGGUCCCACUUAGCCACCGGGAGGCAGUGCAAUACAGUCACGUAGACAAAGAAGAGUUUCACAACUACUGUCGGUAAGCUGCAGUAACAUUUUUUGCAGAGGUUAAAGAAUAUAUGCCUGUGAGUUUUGUUAUGUUGCCUGUCUAUGUGUUGCGCCACCGGUUGUUCAAAUAUGCAUUGGUUAAAGCGUUACAACACCGCACCGUAAGAUGCUAUUGGUUAGCCUAUCUAUGGCGUUUUGGCAUUGCUUGUUAGCAUUAAGCUAGCGGAAGGCUAAGUUGUGAGGUUGUCUUAAAUGCACGUGUAAUUAUUUUUGUUUUAUGUUUGAGUUUGACCCUUAACUUGGAGAGGCAUUUAACACUAAAGUACAUGUCAAACUCAAACUUGUCAUGUAAUAAAUGUUGAGGCAUUGCAAAAGCUUUUUUUUGUUGUUGUUGUUGUUACCAAACCACUUUUUACAGUAACUUGAACAAUAACAAACUAUUAUCCUUGACAUCUGAUUUGAAAACUAGUUAUCCAUCAAUUUAUUGUGUAAUAAUAGGACGAGAAGACGAAAUAUUUAUAUGGUUUCGCACUCAUAAGGACCCUCUGCGGGAAAGCGUAACUACAAUGUGGCUCGUGACAAAAAUGACUUUGCUUCUUUUAUGAAGAAGUGAUCAUUAUCUGCCCUAAAAAUAAUUCUCGCCAGUCAAAUCCAAAAAAUUGCCAAACACUCCUAAGUUGAGUCACUUGUCACUAAAAAAAAAAAAAAUUUAGAUCCACAUGGGGACUGACCAAUAGUAUCGUUUUGUGAAAAAAUAUGAAACUGACAAAAUUCGGACUUUCGGCUUCCGCCCGACAGCGACUCUAUUUUCCAUGUACGUCACACACUGACUGACUGCAUGCUGAUGAUGGCCCAAAACCUUCAAGAUCCACACUGAUCAUUUGUCUAAUUUGAAGCAAAGUUAAUGCUUGGAGUAUUAUCAAGUGUAAAGGUCUGAAAUGAAGUAUAAAAGCAUAUGUCCUCCAUCUCCACUCACACAUCCGCCCUGCCUCCCUGCCCGUUGUGAGUCAUUUUGUAUCCGGUAAAAGGAACCAAAAAAAAGUCACAGCUCUUUGUGAACAACAAUGGCACGUUCCCAUCAAGUAUACCUGUGUAGUGUUAACCGAGUACUAUUCACCUUGUACAGCUGUGUACCUACAAAUAUGGUUUACUGCAUCAUUGAUACUGUAGUUUCAAAGACAUGAACAACUAUUUUUAUGAAAUGCGACAGUACGGAUAGCUUACAUUUUGUUAAGAAAAAAAACACACAAAAAAACUUGUUUACCGAAAGAUAUUCUGAAAUACUGUCAAAUGAACUCUUGACACGAUGUAAGAGACGCUAUGACUUGAUCGUAUUAGGAAACGGCAACGAGGAAUUGAGUGGAGAGAUUUUAUUUAAUAAACAUUUACACAUAG